AUGCAAGAUCUACGCGAAGCAAACUCGACAAGCCGAAGCUCAAAAUCAGUAGAAAAACAGUUGAGGGAUUUUCAGCAACGUGAAGAAAAUUUCCAGAGGCAGUUAAGAGAUACACAGCGACGCGAAGAGAAUUUACAAAGACAGUUCAGAGAGCUUCAGGAACGGGAACAAAACUCUCAAAGGCAGCUUACGGAGUCGUGGCAGCGUGAACAAAAUUUGCAGCGGCAACUCAGAGAGCUUCAGGAACGGGAACAAAGCUCUCAAAGGCAGCUUAGGGAGUCGCGGCAACGUGAACAAAAUUUUCAGCGGCAACUUAGAGGGGUUCGAGAACAGGAACAAAAUUCUCAAAGGCAGCUGACGGAGUCUCAGCAACGUGAAGAAAUUUCUCAGAGACAGUUGAGAAAUUGCCAAGAACAAGUCUCUGAACUACAGUUAAGUCUUUCAACAGCUCAGCUAACAAUAAAUGAAUUUCGCAGCCAGGAAACACGUGACUGGGUUAUUACCCGCGACGAAAUUCAAAUCACAGAUAAAUGCCUUGGGAGGGGAGGAUGGGGAAGUGUCAAUGAGGGAACGUAUUGUGGCUGUACUGUAGCAGUGAAACAAAUCCAUGAGUUGAUUCUUUCUCCGCAUAACAUUAAUCUGUUUGAAAGAGAAAUGAAUAUCGCAGCAAAAUGCCGCCAUCCUCACUUGCUACAGUUUAUCGGCGCCACGAAAGACGAGGGAACUCCUCUGUUUGUAACCGAGCUGAUGAAGAAAAGUCUGCGCACUUUGUUGGAUCAGCGGCAACUCUCCGAGACAGAAAUACGCACCAUUUCUCUGGAUGUAGCACGUGCCCUGAACUACCUUCAUCAGAAGAAACCAGAGCCUAUCAUUCAUCGUGACGUCAGCAGUGCAAAUGUGUUGCUAUGGCGACAAGGUGAGCAAUGGAGAGGCAAAGUGUCAGAUUAUGGCACCGCUAAUUUCAUUCAGCAGACCAUGACAGUGGCUCCUGGAGCUAUGAUUUACAGCGCGCCUGAAGCACUUACAUCAAGGCAAACAAUUAAGGUUAGUUUUCAUUGAAAAAAUGCAGGAUUCAAGGCUGUCUAAGUAACACCUGUAAACACCAAGUGCGGUAGCAAUCAUCCAAAGGUUGGUGAUCGGGAAUUUCAAAGACUGCUGAAUUUACAAAUGUACAGCAAUGCUAAUAUUGUCACAAGUGUUUGGUUCGAACCAGUCAUAAAAGUGUUACGGUUCCGACAACAUUUCUAAAGAAAUACUCGAGUUUUCACAGGUCCGCAAGUGCCUUUGGACUUGCAAAAACUCUACUUUUCUUUGCUACAGUUAUCGGUACCGCACUACUUUUUUCAGGACUGGUCCAGUGUUUCUGUAGAGUAAACGCGCGUCUUGUGACCAUUGCCAUUCCCAAAUCCACGUUGGGGCCUACGGAAGAAACGGCGGCGUGUAUGCUUGGCUAGUUUUAGCGCUUAUAAUGUUCCUGUGCUUUGAAUUUCGUCGGCUGUCAUUAGUAAAAGGGAAAGAAGGGGUUACAGAGCUACACAGUGUUGGGCCAUUUUCACGAUGAGGUCAUUUAACUACCAACGACCAACUGCUAUUUUACUUGAAUUUGUCAAUCCUGCUAAGGUGUAAAAAAACUGUAGCCCUUACUUGCUCGCCCCGCCCCGUCCUGUCCUGUCCUGUUCCUCUAACAGCUCUCGCGAGCGCGUACCGCAUUUUCGCGUACUCAAAUUCUUCCCUCUUUCACGCUUCUUAGUUUUUAGUCAACCUCUUAGACCAUCGCAUAAUCGGUUCUGGUGAACCUUUAUGGCGUUUAGUCAUUAUAACAUGUAGGUAUUAAUAGAAACAACAAGACGCGUAAAGGUGUUUUUUCCUUUUUCCCCCACUACAGAGCCUGGUCCCAGGCUAGCUGUAUGCAAACAUAGAGUACUAACCAGAGUAUAAAAGAAUUAUGGAAAUUACCAGUUCACCACUUUGAUAUUGCCCGUAAUGUACCUCGUUCAAUCUUUCCUCUCAAACACACACACACAAAUUAAAUUUUGCACGAGAACUGUUUACAGUUUGUCUUGGAGGGGAUAUUACUGUCUUCGUGUAGAAUGCGAAAACAAUGCUUAUCCAAAAUUUUUGGGGGUAAACAAGGUGUAUUGUAAUAUAGCUGGAAAUGUUUUUCCCAACAGCGCGUUCUCAUUGAUUACUUCCAGGUCACAUGACAUCCAACAAAGAAACUGUUUCCUGCCAAAAUAUCUGACCGGGCAACAUUACAAAAUCUAUGACGUCAGAGGGUAACAGUGCACUGUUACCCGCGAAUGUUGACCGAUGACCGCCGUUACAGCAAGGAUCAGUGAAAUUCCAGCUUCAAAAUCUCCAGCCUCGGGAAACAAAAUUAACUGCUUCCCUCGGGACCCGUCAUUAAGUGUUUAUUAUGGGCAAUGUGACAAUGGCGAAUAUGUGUUCUGUGAUCAAGCUUGGACAAAUUACUGCGUAAGAACGCUUAUUCUGUUAGAAAUUCUAUCCUAUCUCCAAAUGGAACUCAAUGUUUAUCCGUAACGUAAAUUUUCUGGCUUGUCUCAGCUGACUCAGCUCGGCUGCGGUGCACACUGACUGUCCCGGAUAUUGUCGGUGCAAUAAAAAUCAAACGUCGCUGAGCUUUAACCGUAGUAUGUCACAGAUAUCCCAGGGAAAAAUAUAGACUAAUGCAAAUGAUGUAUUGUUAGGUUGAUGUUUACAGCUUUGGUGCUCUUCUUUGUGAAAUGUGUAUCCGGCAACUUCCAGAUCCUCGAAGGCGUGAAGAACAAGUGGUGCUUGUAACAAAUGGCGCGUUUCGUGGCCUGGUACGGCGAUGCCUGCAGAGAGAGCCAAGGGCGAGACCAACCAUGCAGGAAAUAAUCGAUGAACUGAAGGAAUAAAUGCAACUUCUUAACUGUAAAAUCAACGGUAUGCAAUGUGAUUGAUUAUUCGCAAUUUGUAAGAACUUUCCGCUAAAAAAAAUAAUAGGAAAAAUAGCAACAGUUUUCCCUGAACUUUUUUUGCUGAAUGUUUGGACAUAAAUUAGGUUUAAGUAAUUCCGGUUGUAAUAGCCUGAUAACGGCGACUAUAUUCGCGAGCGCUUACAUAGCUCUUAGUUUGUUGUAGUGAAGGAUGCAAUUAGGAAUUUUAUGAUUUGUAUUGAGAAAUGCAAUUUUUAUAGGCGUCAGGUAUUGCUAAUAAAGAGCUAGUGCUAAAAAACACGGUAUUACGUUGAGGUAAUUGUAUAUAGUGGAGAAUACAAUUUAUUAUAUAAACACCAAUGAAAUACCAGGUAAGCUUUCGCGCGAAAACUUGGUAUCUUCACAUGUGAAAAUAACAUGUUAUCUUCACAUGUGAAAAUAUUACCGUUGCCAUGGCUACAUAACAAAUCGCGCCUUUCACACCAAAGAACUAUUAAAGUGAAACGGUUUGGUAUUUCAUUGGUGUUUAUAUAAUAAAUAGAAUAUUACAUGGCCGCUUGGAGAUACAAAAUUUCAGUUGCUAUGGCGACAAGGUGAGCAAUGGAGAGGCAAAGUGUCAGAUUAUGGCACCGCUAAUUUCAUUCAGCAGACCAUGACAGUGGCUCCUGGAGCUAUGAUUUACAGCGCGCCUGAAGCACUUACAUCAAAGCAAACAGUAAAGGUUAGUUUUCAUUGAAAAAAUACAGGAUUUAAGGCUGUCUAAGUAACACCUUGUAAACACCAAGUGGAGUAGUAAUCAUGCAAAGGUUGGUGAUCGAGAAUUUCAAAAACUGCUGAAUUUACAAAUGUACAGCAUUGCUAAUAUUGUCACAAGUGUUUGGUUUGAACCAGUCAUAAAAGUGUUACGGCUCCGACAACAUUUGUAAAGAAAUACUCGAGUUUUCACAGGUCCGCAGGUUUGGCCUUGCAAAAACUCUAGUUUUCUUUGCCACAGUUAUCGGUACCGCACAACUUUUUUCAGGACUGGUCCCGACCCAGUGUUUCUGUAGAGUAAACGCGAGUCUUGUGACCCUUGCCAUUCCCAAAUCCACGUUGGGGCCUACGGAAGAAACGGCGGCGUGUAUGCCUGGCUAGUUUUAGCACUUAUAAUGUUCCUGUGCUUUGAAUUUCGUCGGCUGUCAUUAGUAAAAGGGAAAGAAGUGGUUACAGGGUUAAACAGUGUUGGGCUAUUUUCACGAUGAGGUCAUUUGACUACCAACGACCAACUUCUUUUUUUGAAUUUGUCAAUCCUGCUAAGGUUUAAAAAACCUAUAGCCCCGCCCCGCCCCGUCCCGUCUUGUCCCGUCCGGUCCUGUUCCUCUACCAGCUCUCGCGAGCUCCCACCGCAUUUUCGGGCACUCAAAUACUUUCCUCUUCCACGCUUCUUAGUUUUUAGUCAGCCUCUUAAACCAUCGCAUCAUCGGUUCUGGUGAACCUUUAUGGCGUUUAGUCAUUAUGACAUGUAGGUAUUAAUAGAAACAACAAGACGCGUAAAGGUGUUUUUUUUUCCUUUUUCCCCCACUAUAGAGCCUGGUCCAAGGCUAGCUGUAUACAAACAUAGAGUACUAACCAGAAUAUAAAACAAUUAUGAAAAUUACCAGUUCACCACUUUUAAAUUGCCGGUAAUGUACCUCGUUCAACCUUUCCCUCAAACUCACACACAAAUUAAAUUUUACAUAAGAAUUGUUUACAGUUUGUCUUACUGUCUUCGGGUAGAAGGCGAACACAAUGCUUAUCCAAAAUCUUUUGGGGUAAACAAGGUGCAUUGUAAUAUAGCUGGAAAUGUUUUUCCCAACAGCGCGCGUUAUCAUUGACUACUUUGAGGUCACAUGACAUCGAACAAGGAAACUGUUUCCCGCCAAACUGAAUAUCUGAGCGGGCAACAUUGCAAAAUCUAGGACGUCAGAGGGUAACAGUGCAGUGUUACCCGCGAAUGUUGACCGACGACCACCGUUACAGCGAGGAUUAAUGAAUUUCUAGCUUCAAAAUUUCCAGCCUCGGAAAACAAACUUACCUGCCUCCCUCGGAACUGGUCACUAAGUUUUUAGUAUGGGUAAAGUGACAAUGGCGAAUAUGUGUUCUGUCAUCAAGUUGGGACAAAUUACUGCUUAAGAACGCUUAUUCUGUUCGAAAUUCUAUCAUAUCUCCAAAUGGAACUCACUGUUUAUCCCUAACGUAAAUUUUCUGGCUUGUCUCAGCUGACUCAGCUCGGCUACGGUGCACAACUGUCCCGGAUAUUGUCAGUGCAAUGAAAAUCCAGCCUCUCUGGACUUUAACCGUAGUAAACCACAGACAUCCCAGGGAAAGAAUAUUGACUUAUUCAAUGAUGUAUUGUUGUUAGGUUGAUGUUUACAGCUUUGGUGUUCUUCUCUGUGAAAUGUGCAUCCGGCAACUUCCAGAUCCUCAAAGGCGUGGAGAACAAUUGGUGCUUGUAACAAAUGGCGCGUUUCGUGGCCUGGUACGGCGAUGCCUGCAGAGAGAGCCUAGGGCGAGACCAACCAUGCAGGAAAUAAUCGAUGAACUGAAGGAAUAA